CUCAUUAUCCUACAUGUUUAUCAACAUGACUAACUCCACCCACCAAACAAAUUCCUUGUUUCUUGGCCUUGCGUGUCCUAGCCAAGUUCCCAAAUUGAACAAACCAGAGAAUCAACUUUUUGCUACGAAUAAUAAAUAACUCAUAACCGAGCAGUGGGUAGAAGGGAAUGAAAGGUAGGCCAAAUUGAGCUACUUGUUGCUAUGAAGGAGGGAAAGUUGUUUUCUUAUUAGUCGGAAUCAGUGCCACUAACCUAGUGCAACUCGGGACUUGGUAUCCUUUGCUUGGAGAAUUUCUGGGCACUAGGAACCUUUGACUUCAACAAAUAAAAAUUUGUAUUAAUUCCCAAUGAAUUCAAACUUAAAGAAUUCAGAGUGCGAGAUGGAACGUUAUGGAUUGAAUAAAAUACUGGCCAGAUCUCUUAAGGAACCUAUUCUAGGCAAGCACUUUUCCCUACCUGGCCGCAGUGAUCAGACCCAACACAUCGAACUGGACACCAGCCAGAGCUACAUUGCCGUAUACACACAUCUCAAGGUGCACGCUGCCACAAUGCCUGAAAGGUUGCCCACGCCAGAAGCUAUUGGGCGUAUUCAGGUGGAGAAUCUGGAGGGAAAGCCUAAGACACGAGCUUCCAAGGCCCGUGGUGAUCCCUAUUUAACUACAAUUUAACUAUUUCAUCCUUCUUCCGUGCAAAUGUUUCUGGUUUUAGAUAUCAGAUGAGUUUUCGAAAUAACAUUAUUAAAUUGAAAAUAUGGUUCGUUUUCCUUUUGAUAUUCCAACCUUUAAACCAUCCCUAGAGUUUAGUAACACCAUAUUGUAACUAAUAUAAUAUUUAAUUAAAUAUAUAUUUUUUGAUUUUCUUCGGAGGUUUGCUCCAGUCUG